AUGCGCAGCCGCGCCGCCCUGCGGCCGCUCCGGCGCGCCCUGGACGCGCCGCAACGAGAAAUCGGCACGCUCAUUCUACUCCGCCACGGCCAGUCGAUCUGGAACGGCACGACGGCGACGUUCACGGGCUGGUGCGACGUCGCGCUGACGCCGCGGGGCCGGAGCCAGGCCAUCGAGGCCGGCGAGCUCCUGGGCGAGCGGGGCUACGGGUCGAAGAUCACGGACGUCUUCACGUCGGAGCUCGAGCGCGCGUACGAGACGGCGGCCUUGGCGAUGACGGCGAUCGAGCAGCACGGCGGCCACCGGAACCCGCGGACGGUGCGGGACCCGCGGCUCAACGAGCGCCACUACGGCUGCGUCCAGAGCGUCUGCAAGGGCGACGCCAUGCUGCUGUCCUACUUCGGGGAGGCGCAGGUGAAGUCGUGGCGCCGGUCGAUGCGGGGGAAACCGCCGCCGCUCGACGAGAGCCACCCGCACUGGCGGCCGCCGCCCGCGCCCGCGACGGAGUCGCUCGCGGACUGCCAGGCGCGCGUCCUGGCGUGCUACGAGGAUUGCGUGAAACCCGCGCUCUUCGCGGGGCCCGACCGGACGGUGUUGCUCGUGGCGCAUUCCAAUACUUUACGGGGCCUCAUGGCGUCCAUCGACGGCGUGCCCGACGCCGACGUGCCGUCGCUGCACGUGCCCAACAGCGUGCCCAUCCUCUACCGCUUCGACGAGACGUCGCGGGAGCUCGUGUCCCGCAAGUACGCGCCGCUGGAGAAGGGCUCGGCGGCGGGCAGCCACGCGCGCUGGCUGCUGUCCAGUAGGAACCUGAUCCGGCUGCGCAGCGCGUUGGCGCCGGGCGGCGUGCUCACGCGGGCCCUCUUCGACGCGCUGGACGAGAACGGCGACCGCAUGCUCACGGCCGACGAGAUCAAGCUGGGCGUCCGGAAGCUGCUCGGCGACGACGUCGCCGUCGCGGCCAUCGUCAAGCGCAUCGUGCGCCACCUGAACAUGAAGGACGACGCCGUCUGCACGCUGGCCGACUUCGAGGCGUCGGCGGCCCACAUCGCCCACGAGAUCCUCCACGAGGCCAAGGUGCCCGCGCGGCCGCCGCCGCCGGAGGACGUCGAUUUGCCCUGGGGCAAGGUCCAGCCCAUCCACCAGCGCGACGGCGGCGACGACCGCUCGGCCUACGGGUGACGCCCCGACUAAAGCUUUGUUUGUUGGU